CCGCCUUCUUCCUUUUCAUGAUAUGCCUUAUGUUCUGAUGGCCAGAGGUGACUUCAGAGGAAACAAACAUUAACCAGGGCAUAAAAGUGUUCUUUUGUCGGACUGAGCACCAGUCAAUAACAAUGUCUCAGAGCUGCCUGAACUGUCUCAAGUACACAAUGUGUGCAGUCAACUUUCUCUGCUGGUUGUUUGGAACAAUCGUCCUUGGCUUCGGGGUCUACCUGAUGAUGUACUCCAAGUUCUCUUCGUUGAUCCCAACCGUCCCCUCCAUGAAUCUAGCCAGUGGCCUAGUGAUCAUCGGCACUAUUGUGACCUGCAUCUCAUUCCUGGGUUUCCUGGGUGCCCUCAAAGAAAAUCGAUGCCUUCUCUUAUCUUUUUUCAUCUUGCUCUUCAUCCUAAUGAUGGCUGAGCUGUCUGUGGCCUGUCUUCUGCUGCUGCAUGAGAAAAAGAUCGACACAUUCAUCGAAAAUGACUUAAAUAAAAGUCUGAAACAAGCUUUAACAAAUAAGAAUGAAACUAAUGACUGGGACAAAAUACAGGAAUUAUUUCAGUGCUGUGGUGUUUACAAUGCAACUGACUGGGGUGAUAAUGUUCCUCACUCCUGCUGUUCGAUUUCCGACUGCAAGAAUAAACCACCCUUCUGGGAAAAGGGCUGCUACACAAAACUGAAGGACAAUUUUGAGAAUAACCUUCUGACAAUUGGGGCCAUUGUGAUCGUCAUGUGCAUCGUCGAGGUCUUGGCCAUGUGCUUCUCCAUGACGCUGUUCUGUCACAUCAGCCAGUCCGGACUGGGCUACAAGUGAAGCAGCCUGUGAAUAUGGUAACCAUUCAAGACAGCUGGAGGUGAAGAUCAUGAAGGUUCCCCUUGCAGUCACAGCCCUCCGAACCGAUCUCACGUUACUUGUUUUGUAUUAUAGCCAUUGUUUUUUUAAAUGAAAAGCCUUUAUUGUCAUUGUAUAUGUCAGGUACACCAAAACCUUAAAUUAUAUCCAGGACAUUUUCAUAUGCUGAUGAUUUUGUGAAGGUAAUUGAAUCUAAAAGGUAAUCAAUUACAUUGCAUGGUAUUAAUUAUUUUGAGACUAAAUUACUUUAGCUUUUAAAAUAUAAUCAUAAUGAUAAAUUUUAUCUUCUGUUUUUACUCAGAUAACAAAUAAUGUUUGUUAUCUGAGUAACAAACAGCUGUGGAAAGAAUUAAGAGACCACAGCACAAUUUCUUGUUUCACUCAUUUCUCAGUUUAUGGGUCUGCGUCUGAGAAUAAUAUAUGUUCUUCUGCAAACUGCAACCUGGUUCUUCCCUGUUUCUCAGUAAUGAAGGGCUUCUUCCUUGCUCUAUGGGACCUCAGUCCU